AUGACCUCACCGAUGCUCUCAGUUACCAGCGACAUUGCGCGUCAGCUAAAUCUUACUGGGGUGUGGAAGCGAACUGGAGGGCGGAAGAAGGCGGAUGCAAUUCGGGCCAUUGAACCUCGCAGAGUCAAUAUAAUCAGCGAGGGCUUGUGCGGCGACGUCAUACGUUAUAUUGCGCCUUCGCUCGAACGACAUCGAGGAUGCGACCUUGUCGAUUUAAACCCUGGGGCAGGAGUAUGGAGCCGCAAACUGCAUGAAAUCCUUGAACCGCGCAAGCACGUCAUGAUGGAUCUCGAUGCCGAGCUGUACAAACCCUUUCUGGCCGACCUCAUAUCAAAAGACAAUGUCGAGUUGAUACCGAAAUCCGGACUGGUCUGGAAAGACCUUCUCGAAAUGCUUCGCACAAGUCUAACCGAACAGCGAGAAACUACUCAAAAGAAUACGCCUAGUCGUAACGACACCCUCCUUGUCACGGCAAAUUUGUCCAUGUUUCCAAAGAAGGCAUUUCACGGAUUCGAUAGCAUUAGUUCCAUGAUUUUGUACCAAUUCAUUUCGAGCAUAAGCACGUCAACGCUAUUUCAGCGAUACGGUUUGGUCCGUAUGCUUAUAUGGGUUAAUGACGAAGAUAAGAGGAGGCUUCUGCCUCGGUCCAUCAAUAGGCGCAAGAAGAGCGCAUUUGAGACCGAGUUGUCGUGUGAAUGGGUCCAUGAAGUCGCCGGACUGGAUGCCGAAGUACAAGACCGCAAUGCACUCCGCGAUGAAUGGAUCAAUAUGGAGUCAGCUGUCCGGACACUUGAACGGAUGAAGGCUGCCGGAUUGUCCAUGCCCAAAGGACGAGAGACGCUGGUGUACUCGAAGCUGCAACAAGAGCCCGCGCUAUUGGGGCAGAAACUGGCGGGUGCAAGACCGCCAUCACUAACACGACCAUUCAAGCAAGAGCUCGAGUUGCUUGAGCAGGGGCUCUCUGAAUCAGCCGCGUCUUCAAAGCGACUCAAGGCGCUGCGACAGCGCGAAAAAUACGACCAAGAAGAUGCCCUCAUGUAUCUGGGCCUGCUCCAGGAGAGAGAGGCUGUGGCAGAGUUGGCAGCAUCCUCGCCAACCGAGUUUGAACGCGCCAACGCGGCGUGGAACGAAAAAAUCGACAACCUCAAAAAGAACGCACGCAACGAGUUCAACGGAAUAAAGGAUAGCUACCACCUCUUCCGCCAGUCACCACCAGCACUGCUCUGGGACAGGAGGGACUACGAGCCCCUGUCCGCAAAGGGGGAAGAGUUUUUUCCCAAUGCGCCGACAGCACUGCUUGACAUCCAGCCAAAGGCCAUGCACCCCGUCUUCAGACAGCAUGGUCCGAAUAGCUCACGCUCAGGCGACAUGUCCGAGGUCAUGCUGCGGUUCUGGUUCCAUCACACGCUGCUACCUAUCCACAAGGCCAUGGAGGGCCUCUGGGGCGGAUUUGGCGACUUGAUUACGGAAUGCCCUAGUGUGAGGGAUCCGAGUCGCGGAGGCACGCCCAUGACAGGGAAUGGGGCGCUCACCGUACGAGCCAUGAAUGCCGACCAGUGGGCUGAAAUUGUGGAGGCUUGGAUGAACUGGCCGUUUAGACCGAGUUAUACGCAGAUGCUGGGCAGGUUGGUUGAGGAUGUUGAGGGUGAAUGGGAUGAGGAAGAUGUCAAGUCCGGGGCCACGGGGUUGGCGCUCUAG